AUGGGGUAUAAAAAACGAUUUGUUUUUGAAAAUAUUCCAGAUCUUUCCGGCAAGGUUGCAAUAGUAACUGGAGGAAAUAAUGGUAUAGGAUUCAUAACUGUCAGAGAAUUGGUCCGUAAAAAUGCACAUGUAUUCAUUGCAAACCGUAGUAAAGAAAAAACUGAAUCAGCAAUAGAAUUAAUAAAAAAAGAAAUAAAAAAAGAUACUGUCGAAUUUUUGCAAUUGGACCUAAAGAGUUUAAAUUCUGUUAAAAAAGCUGCUGAAACAUUCUUGGCUAGAAAUUUACCAUUACAUAUCUUAGUUAAUAAUGCUGGUAUUAUGGCAACCCCAUUUGAAACAACUCAAGAUGGUAUUCAAGACCAGUUUGGCGUUAAUCAUAUUGGCCAUUUUCUCUUCACAAUCUUACUACUACCAACUAUAAAAGCUUCAGCACCAUCACGUAUUGUCAAUGUUAGUAGUGUCGCUCAUAAAACCAUACCACCGGCGGGAAUAGAAUUUGACAAGUUGAAUGAUCCAAAUGCUCACAGUACUUAUAUAAGAUAUGGCCAGACGAAACUCGCAAACAUUUUAUUUACCACUGAACUUAAUAAAAGACUUUUGGGAACAAAUGUUUAUUGUAACAGUCUCCAUCCAGGCGUGAUCAAGACAGAUUUAUGGAAUAGUUUAGUUUCUUCUUGGAGUUCUUGGAAGAAACCAUUUUUCCAUAUAGGAACAUUAUUUAUGAUAUCACCUGAAGAUGGCGCGUUAACACAACUUUAUUGUGCUACAAGUCCUGAAAUCGAAGAAAAAAAUCUUCGAGCAAAAUAUUUUGUUCCAUAUGGUGAAUUAGGAGAAACUAAUGCUCAAGCUAAAGAUGAAGAAUUGGCAAAACAAUUAUGGGAAUUUUCAGAAAAAUUUGUUAAAGAGAAGUUAGGUGAUGACAUAUUUAGUACUAUUGGAUAA